AUGCUUUUGCGCUGGGCACCCUGUAUUUCAAUACUGAUUCUGAUAAUAAUGAUACACGAAGGCUUCGGCUGUGCUCCAACGAGAGAUCCGAUGGGAGAAGGUAGGCCUUUUUGUUGUAGUUAUCUCAAUCAACUGGUUGUUCCACAGAGACGACGGACACAACGGAUGAUCCGACCGAAGAAAGUACAACCCCGUUCGACAUCUCCUCAACAACGGAGGAAGACUCAUCGUCGACGACGGACAUCCCAAUAGGGAAGCUCUUGGAGAUUCUCCUGUUCUGA